GAGAAGGAAAGGUGCACUUUCGCGGAGGUGGAGCAGAGGGGGGUAGCGGUGCUUGCGUGCUGGACAUCGGGACACUGGCGCAGUCUCGCAAGAAGCUGGCCCAGCCUAGGCCAGCACCAUGGCAGCGCCCACAGAUACGGAGAAUCUGUGGAGGUUGUGCCAAGUGUUGCCUGUGCUGGGUGGCCCACCCGACUCUUGCGGGAUGCUGGGGCCACAAGUUACUUCACUGCUGACUGUGUUAAAAAAUGCUGAGAAAAGGAAACAGCUGACACCAACGCAGAUUGAUGAGUGCAUCCCGAUGCUCCUCGCACUAUUGGAACAACCUAAAAAUUCUUCUGUAGUUCGAGAUGUGGUCAUGGCCUUAAAAGAAAUAGUGAGCGAGCAGAAAGGUCGAACCCGCCUACUGGUCGAGCAAAGUGCAACUCAGGUGCUGCUACCGGUGCUUCUGAAGCAUCGUGACAUAGGGCUCUCCGAACCGGCGUUUCUGGUGGCCCUCUGCAACCUACUCUCUCGUCUAGCCGUGCAAGAUCAAAAGUUUUGCCUAAGGGCUCGUGUCCUGGGUGCAUACAAAGUUCCCUUGGAAGAGCUUCGAAAAUUCAAAGUCAAAAUCAAGGUCAAGGUUGCCCUCUUGCUGCUGCUGAAAAGACUGCUUGGCAACAAGCAGAAUGCAACUCUUUUGGGUAACGAAGGCCUGCUGGCGGAGCUAUUCUACUUGCUUGAGGGCAACAGCACCGUCUGCCUCCAGACUACCCUAACCCUGGAGUGCUUGUUCCUGGCCACCUGCUCCAAGCGCAAUGUGCUUGAGCUGGUUCAGAGGGGCCACCUAAAGCAUCUGCUGGCCAUCGUAGAGACAUGCAACGUGAAGGCUCUUCGUGGAGAUGCGGGUCUCAACCGCAAGGAAAGACUUCUCUAUCGCAUCAUGCGGGCAGACCUGGAGUGUCUUAUCAACAUUGCCAGGCAUAAGGCCGGCCGAAGGGAAUUGCGGAAACAAGACGUGCCACAUUUGCUGUGGCGUUGGGCUACAACUCUAGGCCCCGGUGAGCAGGGUGACCGCCUGACAAGGGGAGUGUGUCAGGUGGUCCACAGGUGUCUGCCACCAUGGCCAUUACCAAUUGCCAGGGUCCAUGGCCCCCUACAGUGGCCCCUCGGUGCAGACAGCAAUGAAGCCCUACCAGUAGCUGAGGAAGCCCCAGUGACGCAUGCUUCCAGUGAUCACGACGAGUUGCAGUCUUCCCAAUCAGCCACUUCGUCUGAACAUGAGGCUGAACUAGAUGAACCGCCUGACAUACCGAAAUGUGAACCUUCACCCGAAAAGUACCAUUUGGAUGUAGACUUGGAGUCAUACUCCAAAUUUUUCUCUGAAUUGAAGGUCCACGAGGCAGCUGCAGAUGUUGGCCCUGCCACUACUUCGGAGGUUUCCUUGAUUGAAACUAUGAAGAGCCCCGAAGGCAGAGAUCCUUUAGACAAGCUCAAGUGUAGCUAUGAGCUUAUGGUGCAGAGCACUCAGGGCCUUGUGCCUUUGGUGAAGAUUGCCUUUCCAGAAAUGAUGGGCCACUUGCAUACUGAGCCACUGGAGCGGUUGCACUCUUGCCAAAAUUCAGGCGCCAGAAACAAGAUACUUGAAGAAGUGCGGAUACGACUGGAGAAUGUCAGGGACCCUAGCAGCUUUCCUGUUUUAUAUGACUACGACAGUCUAGUACACAGUCUGCCCCCAUCAAGACCUCUGAUGAACAGUGAUGCGCCACGAUCUCUUCAGGAAGUGGUCACCGAUCGGCUCUGGUUCGAGUCCCGCUUUGAAGGUGGAAACCUUCGCAAGGCCAUUCAGGUUGGACCAUAUGAGUACAACCUUCUGAUGAGCCCAGACAUCAACACAAGCCUCCACCAUCGCUGGUUUUACUUUGAAGUCGCAGGCAUGCGCAGUGACGUGGACUACACAUUCAACAUUGUGAACUUUGACCGCAGUGGAAGCCUGUAUAAAGAAGGCCAGUGCCCACUGCUGUUCUCGGUCCGAGAUGCGGCCAACGGCCGUGGCUGGCGUCGCAUUGGUGGUGGCAUCAGCUACCAGCGCAACCUGCACUGGCGAGCUGACAAAGGACCUCUCUUCACCCUGAGCUUCACGAUCCGCUUUCCCCAUGCUGGAGAUGUGUGCUAUAUCGCCAACAGUUUUCCUUACGGUUUUUCUCUCCUUAAGGCACACCUAAAACUUUGGCUCAGCUCGUAUGACCAUGGUAGCAUAUUCCUGGAGCGACAGGAGCUGUGCAGGACCAUGGCUGGCAACCCCGUGCCUCUGCUGACCAUUACAGCUCAACCUUUAGAAUUAUCCAGGCCAUACAUACUGCUGAUGGCUCGAGUACAUCCCGGUGAAACAAAUUCUUCGUGGAUAAUGAAAGGAAUAAUCGAUUUCCUCCUGAGUGACAAGCCAGUUGCACAGCGAGUCCGUGAAACCUUCGUGUUCAAAAUUGUGCCAAUGCUUAAUCCUGAUGGAGUCAUCAAUGGAUGCCACCGCUGUUCGUUGGCGGGCCAGGAUCUGAACCGGCAAUGGUCAUUCCCAGAUCCUGACUUGCACCCCACAAUCUAUCACACCAAAGCACUUCUAGCCUAUUUGGCCCACCAAGGACGAACUCCAUUGGUCAUGUGCGACUUCCAUGGCCACUCAAGACACUUCAAUGCGUUUCUCUAUGGCUGCUCGCCAUCUCGUUCAUGGUUGCUUCAUGACAAACCUGAAGAAGAUGAUAAUGUUUGUGAGGUGCUAGCUGCAAUCUUGCACCAAGUGAGCCCUGCAUUCACAUACAAGUCGUGUUGCUUUGACGUGGAGCGGAGUAAGGAGUCAACAGCCCGAGUGACAGCCUGGCGGCAAUUUGGAAUUCCACUGAGCUACACGUACGAAUGCUCCACAGCUGGGUGUGACCAGGGCAUCUAUGCUGGUUAUCACCUAGGUGUGGCUCAGCUUGAAGAGAUGGGCAUGCAGUUUUGUGAAGCACUUAGCCGUCUGGAACUUUCGGUUGGCGGUGAUGUGCAGAUGGACCCAUCUUGCAUUGAACUGCUGGAUGUGUGCCGGCGGCAUGUCCGAGAGAAGAAGCGCGCUCCAUGCAGCAGUGGCAGUACCGACUCUCUUGUUGAAGAAGAAGAUGAAGAAGAAGAGGGUGCAGCUCCCAUUGUAAAACCAUAGCUUGCCCGGUGCUAUUUGUUUUUAUUGUACUAUCCACAGUCAGUUUUACAAGGACUGUUUUUAGCACUCACUGAAGGUGAUACCUUUCCCAUCGAAUGGUUGUUGGACAUGUAGACGAUUUGUCUGCAAUGGCUCCCCUGUCUUUUUUUUUUUCCCUCGUAAUAUCACGGGAUUUGCUUGGUCAGAACUCAAGGUGAUAUUUUACCUAGCAGUAUUGCUGGCUCUGUCGCACUCUCUGUUGCCAAUGUGCAAGUGUGUUCCAUACGACAAGCACCCAUGUGUGUUGGUAGCACAUUAAUUACUUGUAGUCUUUUUAUCGUAGUGUAUCCAACCAGCACACUUUUUAUCUGUAAGAUAUUUUGGUGUGAAAAUAAUGGAGCACUUACAGUUUGGCAAUAAAGGCCACAUAGUGCGCACAGCUAGUCAUAGCUUAUAGAAUCUAGUCACCAAAUGCGACUGUUCUACAAUUUUACUUUUUCUGUGGUAAUUCAAUGUUAAUAUUCCCAAUACUUUUACUAGCAAACUUUCUUUCAUAUAGUAUAUACUAGCAUGUUUAUUCUCUGUACAUUGCAGCAUUAAAGUAUGAUUUUGAAAUAAGACAUUUAAUUUUGAUUUUGAAAUCUAGUAUGAUUAUGAAAUAAAAUAAGGUAGCAAUAGCACUACAAUAAAUCACACUUGUGCAGUGGUACAGCACAGUUAAUAUCAGCUACAACUUAAGUUGUGAAAGCUUGGUAUAAUGUAGCAGUAACAUUUCAGUGACGAUCCUAGAUAUUAUAGAGUUAGUUGAAAUAAAAAAAAUGAAAGCAAGCAAUUGAAGCCAUUUGCCAGGACAAAUGGAAAAUAAGUGCUAUUCAAAGGUAAUAUUGGCACAUGCUGCUAUAAGCAGGAGACGAAUACUACAAGCUGCGACCAUUGAAUUCGGUGGUAAGUCAUUUAACUACCCUCUAGCUUAAAAUACUAGCAAUAGAAGCAAUGGGCUGACACAUCAAGUCGUUACUGCAUACAUUGUUGGUUUUGUCACAACAUGAGUGACAUUCCAAAACGUGUAUCACUAUCAUCACCAUUCUUUGGUGCCAAAAUAUUGAACUUGACACAGUCACGUCCAAUACUUUACAACUGAUUGUCUCAUCGUAAUUGCUGUCGCUGAAGUCUCAUGUUCAUUGAUGCCAUAAUAACUGAGUGAGCUUGUCUCCUCAAUGGUGAUUUUUUGCCUCUCUGGCAGUACUAUUUCACAGUGUCAGUUAAGUCAGCACCGUGAGACAUAAACAUUAUUAUGAGAAGUAUACAAGUCCACCCUAUGUAUAUUAAUAUAACAUGAAGAGGCAUGGUUUAGUUGGAAAAAUUAGGAAACAUACACAUACUAUUAGAAUUAUUAUGGAAAUGUGAACUACUAAUGUAGUAUGCAGCUGUGUUUGUGGGCAUUAUGGUACAACAUAGUGGGCAGUUUAUUUAAUGCAAUGCUAGCCUGUGCAAGUGUGCAUCGGACACUUGGGUCACUAAAGGUCGUGUAUUGUGUGACAAAAUUUCUUACUGUAGCUAAAGUUUAUCCAGUCCUCUGAGUAUUACUCUCACCGUUACAGGCUCGCUAAUACAUUCUCUUUAGGCUAGAUGGUGUGAGAUUGAAUGUGUAAGCAAAUGAUUGGGUAAAGGAUGUGACAAGGAUGUCUCAUUCCUUAUUCUGUUGCCUGGUAUUAUGUACGUACUGGAAUUCGCAGACUUUUACCUUCCACUACUGAGAACUUUGCUUUGUCAUCCCUACACAAGUACUACUUGCCCAAUCCUGCGGAAGAGGAGAGUGGUUAUAAUUGUUGUAGACAUGCCAAGCAAAAAAGACAGCUGUCAUAUCCAUGCAUAUAUUGUACUAAAUAAAUCUUACAAUGUUGAAUUUCACUGUAGCCACUGUUUCGACAAAAGUAGUAGCCUUUGUCGGGGCACCAACCGCCUUCUUUAUCAGCGCGUUUUUGUAUAACUUGCUCACUCUCCUUCAAUCUCAAGUGGAAACGUAGCAGUCUGUUUUGCACAGUCUAUUUUUGGAGGGGCAUUUACAAUGGGCUGACCGUGAGUUAAUUUCUGCACCAAAGGUUCGGGAUACUUUGAUUACGGUGAAGUGCACUUGUUCUGAUAAGUUUUUUUGCAUAAAGAAACUACACAAAGGUUUGACUAUUCAAGAGUGUCAAUAUGAAGUUGUUGAGUUGUGCCUGCAGCCAAUGAUGUUGAGGCAUUCAAUAAGCCUUUCUGGAAAUGUGUAUAAUGCUUAUAAAAUUAGUCAAUUUGGGGCUGUGCAGUGCACGUGCUUUGUUUUACACCAAAUCAGUUUGUUGUGUCACAUCGGCGUAAUAUUGGCUCGUUCACUUACAUCAGAGAAAAAAUUAGCUUUGCAGUGACUACAUUUGUAGUGGGACGACAUGGUUACCUUGAUCACUUGCACAUAUAUUUGAAGCUAUGAUGUGAAGCUUCAUUUCAUGAGCACUGUACAUCAAGGUUUUGCCACAUCUUGGUGCUCUACAACAUCAGCUGAAUGUUAUCACUUACACAGAGUUCUUGAGCAAUUGUUUGAAGUAUAGAGACAAAUACUCCUGUAUGCAUUGCAAUCGGUACUGCUGGUCUCUUAAACAUUGAUCUUCUGUAUAAGCUGUGCUACACUUUGUUGGACACCUUGCACGUUCAUUACAUUCUAAUUAUGCAAUGUAAUUAAAACAUGCUUUAGUAGUCCUGUAUAGUAACGGUAGCACAAUUCCUUUAUGUGCACUUUCCCACUAUGUGAAAGUUGAUGCCACGACCGUUAUGCUCAUGUACACUUUUAUUUCACAACUUUGCACACACUCUGCACUAAUACGGUUCUCUAUACUUGGCUUCUUACUGUAUUUUGCAUUUAAUGUCAUGAUUGCCAAACUUGCAAUUUUAACAUGUUUUUUUUUUUUGUCCAAAAAUAGUUCUAUAUUCUAAGUUUGCAAGUAAGCCUUUUUUAGGAAAAACUGUGGACAAACAUGGUGAUCUGCAGUCAUUGGCCACAUGGACUCUUCUGCCAGACACAAUAUCUUCACAAGCCUUGCCCUCUUUUCCUGCUAUUUAUGUAUUUCUCUGCAUUUUUCAGACUCGGGUUAAUACAAACUAAGGAAAAUGCACAAAUACUGUGCAAGCAUCUUGCAGCAAUAGAAUCCUCAAAUCCCUGUAGUGUUCUGCUGUGAUGCACACUGCUGUUGUAAUGUCCUAUUAAUAAAGUGCUGACUUUGCAUCAA